GGGUGCGCGGUGCCGCGCGGGUGGUGUCGGGCGGGAGAGGGAGCGGUGGGGAUCGGGCGCGCCGCACAGUCACCGCGCAGCCCCUCGGUGCUCGUGUCCGUCCCCGUCCCCUGUGAGGGUUGCCGGCGCACCCCUGGCCGGCCCUGCGCUGCCGCCGCUGCUCCCCCGCGGGAUGCGGGCUCGGCCCGCCCCGCCAGCCCUGCCCCCCGCGCCGGCCGCAGCAUGAGCGCGGCGAGCGAUACGUACCUCCUCAUAAAAGACAUAAAACCCGGACUGAAAAACUUAAAUGUCAUCUUUAUUGUGCUGGAGAUCGGGCGAGUCACCAAGACGAAGGACGGUCACGAGGUGAGGUCCUGCAAAGUGGCAGACAAGACGGGCAGCAUCACCAUCUCCGUGUGGGACGAGAUCGGCGGCCUCAUCCAGCCGGGGGACAUCAUCCGCCUGACCAAAGGGUAUGCAUCUCUGUGGAAAGGAUGCCUGACACUUUACACAGGACGAGGAGGCGAGCUGCAUAAAAUUGGGGAGUUCUGCAUGGUAUACUCAGAAGUGCCAAACUUCAGUGAGCCCAACUCGGAACACGUCGGGCAGAACAAACUGGCACAGGGUGAACAGAAUAAUAGUUCUGCAUCAAGUAAUAUGGGUUCUUGUACUUUCGGGCCACUGGGAAAUGGUUUACAAACUGGACCUGAAUCAAGUGGAUUUCCAUUUACGUAUAAUCAUGGCCACACUUAUGCAGGUAGUGGGAGAGGCAAUGGACGAGGACCUGUAAAUCCAGCACCAGCUAAUAGUGUUCAGCCUUUUCUCCCUGCUGUCAGUAAUGGGAGGGACCCACGCAGAGCCUUUAAAAGAUGACUAUGCCAAAUGUGGUUGUACAGCUUGCUUAAACUCUACACUCUACUUGAACACUUAUUGCACUUUUAUUUAUAGUUAACUGUGAACCAGUUUGUCCUUUGUUGUUUUUUUACCUUUUGGUCUAUGGAGCAAACUUGAUGUGAUCUAUUUCUUGUUUUGCUUAGGGAAGUACAGUGAGUCUUCCCCAUACAUUAAGGGGUAAGGGGAGAAGGUGGAUCUAAGAAAGUAAGGGUAACGGGUUGAAGAAUCUCAAUUAAACUCGGUACCCUUUGCAAAAUGGAAGAAAAUUUCAGUUACAUCUAUGUAUUUUUCUGUUUCUAUUGGUCAGCCAUAUAGCCUUAAAAGGUGUAUUAUGUCCUGUGCGUGCAUAUGUUGACUUCCAUUAGGGUUAAUGGGAGUUCUUCAUAUUGGAAGAGAAAUGAAGGGGAAGAGCAAAGAUGCUCUAGUGAACUAGGUGUCCUUGGAAUGAAUAUAGCUUGUAAAAGCAAUAAGUAUAAGGAAAUGGUGGUGCCAGCACCUAGUGGUGUCUCCUGAAUCAGAGAAUGGAUAACUCAGAUGAAAAUUGAAGACAUGGUGAGUGUCUUGAAGCUUGACUUCUGAUUCGAAAAAGGUGUACACUACUUAAAAAUUCUCCAUAAACACCGUUAUCACUGUCACGGAAAGUGACACUGAUUUUUUGCUUUGGUUAGAAGCUUGGAUAUUCAUUCUUGCUUUGCGUGAAAUAGGAGAGGAGGAUCUAAAUUCAGACAGUAUCGGGGAAUAUGCUGUUUGUAGCCACUCCUUGUGUAAAAGCCCAAGGUUACUUUGCAGGAGUCUGAAUUUCCAGGAAGGAACUGUUUUCAAAUGCUGCAUUACCCAUCUCUUCAAUGAGGCUGCCUGCUUCUCCUUCCUUCACUCACUUUUCCAAAUGAAUUAUGUAUUAGAUGAAGCUGUAUAUGUGGAUUGCAGAGGUACUGGCCAAGCACACAGCUGCUCUUCUGAUGCUGUUAAGCUGCUAAGCUUUCCUUCCUCUGUUUUAUAUGAAAUACAAAUUAUCCCUUAAAGAACUUAACCCCGCAACCACCAUCUUCUGGGGGAAAAUAGCUGUGGUUUUAUUUCUGAGAUCACAAAUGCCUUGACUCUAGAUAGAAGUCCAGUGCCAUAUUUCAGAUCAGGUUCAAAAACAACGUGGAAGCUGAGGUGUCAUACUGGAUUCAUCUGUUCAACUCUUCUUAUAGCUGACCUCUCAAAUAAAAAAUUGCACUAACCAUUUCAAAAACAGAUCAAACCUUUCUUUCUGUCAAGCCAUAAAGACUUCAUGACAAAAGGCUAUUUCUGAAUUGUGAGUUGUCUCUGUGGUUGUUCAUGUUAACUGAAUCUACUACUAUGUCACUAACGUUUACAAGUUAUUUACAUUUGAUACAUAUGCUUUUGGUACUCCAUUGUGAUGAUUUGUUGAAAAUUGCUUCUAAUUGGCAAAAGUUCCUUGCUUAGUCUGAAAUACUGAACUUUCUUUUAAAUGGAAGCAGCAGCAACAACAAACUUCUGAAGGGAGGUUUAGAGACCUGUGUGCCUGGAUACCUGAUGGCUCUUUGCCUCUGGUCUGGUAAAAUGCUAUCCUGAUAACCUGCUUCCAGGUGGAACUAGCAAAACUUGUCUUCGACACAAGAGAGUGGCAUGCCUCAUGAGAUCACCCACUGGUGCUGUUAUGGAAGAACAGUGCUAAUUGGUGAACCAGGAAGCACGCAGUGACUUCUGGGGAAAUGGUGUAAGGAGGUGAUGUGUAACUCAGGGACUUUAAAUUGCUUACUUAUUUAAAUAAGUCACGUAUAGUCUAGAUGCAUGGACAACCGCUUAUGCAGUGUUGCGUUAAGACAUCUGAUAUGCUUGUGAGAAGGAAGCCAAGAGGACUUCUAAACCUCUGAAGUAUAAAUUACAUGUUCCAGAGGUAAAUGAGAUGUAAGUAUGGUGAGAGCUGUGCUUUCCAGGAGUAGCUGUAAAGGUAGCAAGUGAACAGUGCAAGUGAUGAUGGCAUGGUGGGGACUUCAUACUCAUUGGGGUAUCUCCACCAUGGAUCUCAAAUCCUGGUGGUCUUCACUACAGCAUGAAGAAAGUUGAAAUGGGGGGGGAAACUGUGUGUUAGUGUGUGCUGAGGUGCCUGAUGUUCGUGGCUCUAUGCAUUUGAGCUUUUAUUAAGCUAAUAAACAGAAUACUUGUUCACAAA